AUGACCACACUCCGCCGGCGACACGUGUGCGUUUCUUCAUCCUGCGGUGCUUUCUACUGCUCUGGGGGAUCACCGGAGCAGCCGGAGGACUCCACCGACCCAGAGCCAGAUGAAGUCCUGUCUCAGCAGUUUGGUCCACAGUCUGCUCUGCACACAGCCCAUUUGGCGAGCGUGGAGCGUGGCCUGCUGAGCACAAGCAGCUUUUGCAGAGCGCAGCGUGAUGUGCUCGCCCAGCGGACUCUGCCCAGAGCAGUGAGCAGGACGAUGGGAGCAUUUGAGCUGAAGCGUGGGCUGUUUUUCCACAGGGAAAGUGAGACUGACUGCAGAGUCUGCACAAGAGCAGCGGCUCGACCUCCAAACAGCAAACUUUCAUUAGCAAAGCAGACUGAGCCCCGGCGCUCGCACAAAUAG